AUGUCGUCCUUCCCGGCGAGCCGUCGCCGCCGACGCGAACCGGAAGACGAGAGCGAUUCUGCGUCCGAUGCCUCCGAUGCACCCAAACGCCCCCGCCUGAGCCGGCGGGCUGACGAUUCCGACGAUGACGAUGAAGAUGUGCAGAGGAGACCCAGAACAAACGGCGUCAACGGUGUCAAGGUCCAGCCUGACUUGGACGGAUUUCAGGCUGGCGCUAUCCGCCGCGUUACAGUCAAGAACUUCGUGACGUACGAGAUGGCAGAAUUUUUCCCUGGCCCGAACCUCAAUAUGGUUAUUGGACCGAACGGAACGGGAAAGAGCUCGCUCGUCUGCGCCAUCUGCUUGGGUCUGGGAUUCAGUCCUAAGCAUCUUGGCAGAGCUGGCAACGUCAAGGAGUUUGUCAAGCACGGAAAGCCGUCAGCCACCAUCGAGAUCGAGCUACAAGGCCGACCGGAGGAUAGACGAAACCCUGUUAUCAAAGUUCAGAUCGAUCGCGAGAGGAACAGCCAGAAGUGGUGGCUGAAUGGCAAAGAAGCCACACAUAAGACCAUCCAGCAUCUUAUGAGGGACCUUAAGAUCCAGGUCGACAACCUCUGUCAGUUUCUGCCUCAGGAUCGCGUUGUCGAAUUCGCAUCUGCCACCCCCAUUGACUUACUACACGAGACUCUGCGCGCGGCGGCGCCAGAGGAAAUGCUCGACUGGCAGAAACAACUGCAGGAGCUGCACAAAGAACACAAGGAAAUCCAGCGCGGCUCGGCAAAUCACGCCGAGCAUCUCAAAAGUCUCGAGGACAGACAGCAUGAUAUGCAAAACGAUGUUGACAAGCUUCGCGAGCAGCAGGAGGCCCAACAGCGCAUUGCCGACCUGAAAGACGCCCGGCAUGUCGCCGACUACCUCGAGGCAAGGUCACUUUACCAAGCGAAGAAAGCCGAGGAAAAGGAGGCGAAGAGGAAUUUGAGAAGGUUGGAAGACGAGGCAGCUCCGUCUCUGCAAGCUGUGAAUCAGAAGCAGGUUUACCUCGAGAAGGUCUCCGCAGCCGUUCAUUCCCGCAAGGGUAUGGUGCGGCGUGCAGAAGCUGAGGCAGACACAUUGCUCAAUCGGGUCGAGGACGCCGAUGAGAAAAUAAGAUCGAUUACCGCCAAUUUGGAGACCAACAAGCGGGGAUAUGAUGCCAAGAGGCAGGAACUGGGCAAGAUUCGCAACAGGAUUGGUGUACUGGAAAACCAGCAGAAGAACAAGCCCGCGGAGUUCAACCCGCAAGAACACAACACCCAAAUUCGAGAAAAAGAGCAUCAGCUUCGCGAAAUGGAGGCCGAGACGCGUCAAAUCGACGGAAAACUGAGAGAUAUCAAAGAACAGGGCCAAGCAAAGAGCCACAUCAGAAACAAGCUCAAACAAGAUCUCGAGAACCUCGAUUCCCAGCAGGGACAGCUUCUCAACUUUCUGCAGAAGAAGUUUCCUGACGUUGCCAAGGGCUGGGCCUGGCUGCAAGAGAACGGCGAUCAAUUUGAAAAAGAAGUCUUUGGACCACCUGCUUUGUGCUGCUCCGUCAAAGACGAGCGGUAUUCGGACCAGGUCCAGGCACUCUUGCACAUGGACGACUUCCUUUGUUUCACCGCGCAAACCAGAGAGGACCACAAGAAGCUUAGUGAUGUCUUCUACAAGCAACUCAGUCUCUCCGUUAACACGCGCUCCAUCUUGAAGCCCCUGGAUGAUUUUAAACCUAGAAUGUCUCGGGAACAGGUCAGAUCUUUCGGUUUCGAUGGUUUCGCAAUCGAGAUGCUGUCGGGUCCGGAGCCAGUUCUUGCGAUGCUUUGUAAUGAAAAGAAGUUGGACGUAUCUGGCAUUGCAGCGGGGGAAAUCAACGAUGCUCAGUACGAGCGUCUGGUUCAAGAUGCUGUUAUAAACAGUUGGUCAGCUGGCCGGCAUCUAUACAGAGUGUCUCGGCGCAGGGAUCUUGGCCCCCAGGCGGUCUCCACAAUGACCCGAGGCAUCUCCAAAGGCGUGUUCUGGACGGAUCAACCUAUUGAUGAGGCUGAGAAGAAUGACAUCCUGCGCCGUUUGAGGGAAGUCGAGGCGGAAUUCGGGGAGCUGAAGACGCAGAAUACGGAACUCAAGGAACAGCUUACCGCGAUAAACGAGAGGAAAAAGGAGACCCAGGAAGAUCUCAAAUUACUCAGAGAUCGAAAGAAUGAACUGCAGAAAGCACACAAUGCCUAUCAAGCUAUCCCCAUCAAACUUGAGUCUGAAAAGAAGUCACUGGAACAGAAGAGGGCAGAGGUCGAAGAGGCGAGGUCAGCCAAUUCCAAGCUGGAUGUCGACAGAGACAACGCUACAGUGGAAAAGCUCAAAGCUGUCCUCCGCCAUCAUGCGGCUAUCGCCGCCAUUCGGGAUGCCCAGGAAGAAGUGCUAGAGGCUCAGAUUCGGGAGAUCGAGGCCAAGUCUGAUGUUACGGGUCUUAAGGCUAGGAACACCGACCUGAUGCAGCAACUGGAAGAGGAGAAGCGACAUAUCGGUGCCAUCGCGGAAGAGUCUGCGCGAUGCAGAGCCCGCGCUGAAGCAGCCAGAAGCAAAGUGGCUGACCUAUUCCAUGACGAUCCAAGCAGGAGAGAGCUCCUUGAAGAGCUGGCCAAGGAAAAAACUGUCGAGGACGUCGACAACGAGAUCGCCGCCGAAGAAGGCAAACUCGAGCUCAUACAUGUCACCAACCCCGGCGCCCUGCGCGAAUUCGAGAAGCGCGCUCGGGAAAUUGAGAAGCUGCGCCAGAGAAUGGAGAGCUCGACGAACAAGCUGGAUGAGCUGAACCGCAGGAUAUCGCGGAUCCGCGACAAGUGGGAGCCAAAGCUCGACGAACUUAUCAGCAAGAUCAACGACGCGUUCAGCUACAACUUUGAACAAAUCAACUGCGCCGGCGAGGUUCGGGUUCAUAAAGAUGAGGACUUUGAUCAGUGGGCCUUGGAUAUCAUGGUCAAGUUCAGAGAAAACGAGACGCUCCAACAGCUCAACCAGCAUCGUCAAUCUGGAGGAGAGCGUGCCGUGUCUACCAUUUUCUACCUCAUGGCCCUCCAGUCUAUGGCGCAGUCUCCGUUCCGUGUUGUGGAUGAGAUCAAUCAGGGUAUGGACCCUCGCAACGAGCGCAUGGUACACGAGCGCAUGGUUGAGAUUGCGUGUCGCGAGCACACAUCACAAUACUUCCUCAUCACACCGAAGCUUCUCACAGGAUUGCGCUACGACCCACGUAUGCGCGUUCUCUGCAUCGCAAGCGGAACGCAUAUGCCUGAGGACGGUAAAAAGCUGGACUUUGGCCGCUGCUUGCAGAUCCACAAGCAGGUGACAGCCAGCGCCUAA